AUGCAUUCCUUACUGAUAGCAUGGACGCUCUUUGGCGCAGCCACAUGUUUUAUGAACUUUCCCAUAGAGAUUAGCAAGUGCAAAAAAGGACAAUGGCACGUGAGGAAUUUCAUUGUAUUCAACUGUCACAGCGAUGACACACACAAAGGGCUGAAACCAUUCGCGUGUGAUCCGACAAAUGGCAAGUUAGUAAAGAAACGUAAACGCCCCGUCUUCCUUCAUGAAACUUAUGAGGGUAAAGGAUUCAUUUAUGGAUGCGAUCGCGACAAUCAUACAAAUGGAGUGGUCUGGAAAGCUGUCGCCUGUUAUAUCAAUGGUGAGAAGUUUGCUCCUGGAACUUUCGUGAAAGGGAGGUACGACUCCGUCUAUCUCUGUUACAAGGAUCUUGAUGGCAUUAUUCGUCUUCGUAUGAGGAAACCUUUCCAUGAUCACUGCAAUGCCGGCAAAGGAGAUCCCAACUGUCAGCAAGGAAUCCUUCAGGGCAUAUGGAACUCAGAUUUUUCUCUAGCAACUGCUAUAAAGUAUGAUAUUGACACGAAUGAACCAGUGGACCUAGAUCCACCAAGAAAGAGUUCUGAUCAGAAUAUUACCACAAUACCAGUCUUUGAAUUUCCUAAACUCAAGGCAGAAGAUCUGUUGCGCUCAAUACAAGGACAAGUUAACCCUGCAUUUGUCACUGAACCUCCUCAGGUCACUCAUCAGCUUGGAGACAGUCUUUCUGAAAAGUGA